AGCCAUUGACAAGUGUGAGACCCUGGUGAAGGAGCUUUACAGCAAGAUGGGGCUGCAGUACCGUGAGAGCAGCUCCGAGGACGAGGCCCCAGGGGCCAUGGAAGUGAUUGAGAUCCCUGACGAGGAGGAGGAGGAAGAUGUUGUCAUGAGUGUGGAUUCAAGCUGGAAGAACAGUCAGUACCUCCCUGCCCUGAGAUCUGAGUGUCUGCAGGAAGCAAUGGCUGCUAUGAAGAAAUCUUCUCAGGAUGUUCAGAGAUUCAUGGAUGCUGUAAACAAGAAAAACUCUUCCCAGGAUGCACAGAAAGGUCCCAGCAGCCCUGCAGUCCCUGGGAAUGAUCUCAGCCAGGAUGGAGACCUGAACGUGGGCAUGAGGAUUUUGGGCAAAAAAAGGAUCAAAACGUGGCACAAAGGAACUUUAAUUGCCAUCCAGACAGUUGGUGCUGGCAAGAAGUACAAAGUGAAGUUUGAUAACAAGGGGAAGAGUUUGCUCUCUGGCAAUCACAUUGCUUAUGAUUAUCACCCUUCCUCUGACAAGCACCACGUUGGCAGCAGAGUUGUGGCAAGGUACAAGGAUGGCAAUCAGAUGUGGCUCUAUGCUGGAAUCGUGGCUGAGACCCCAAAUGUCAAGAACAAAGACAG